AUGACGUUGUCAGGCACGGCCGCCUCAGGAUACUGUGGUAAUACGCCAACGAGUUGCAGUUGCAGCGCGUGCAAUGCGUGCACCGCCUCGAGCGCACCUUACCCUAGUGGCAUCCCGAAUUGGAAUUGGGGUAGCAACCCCAUCAGUCCCAGUUAUUCCACGAGCACGUACUGCACUUCCAGAUUGGAUAUUGAAAUGGAGUACAACACGCAGGCGACGCCCAACCCGACACCCAGCCCGACGCCCAACCCGACGCCCAACCCGACGCCCAACCCGACGCCCAGAUCCAACAGCUUCUCCCACGCCGUCUCCGACACCAUCCCCAACGUGGUUUCCGACGCUUUCCCCAACGCCGGUGCCCGCUCCGGGCAUGGUUACCGAAGCCACCGUGCUAGGCUCCAUGUCCUUGUCUUGCUCGGCGGGUGA